AUGUCUUUCUUAACGGUGAUCUUCUUGAGGAAGUCUACAUCUAAUCUCCUUCUAGGUCUACUUAUCCAGCAAAUAAGGUUUGCAAACUUCAGCGUGCUUUAUAUGGUCUUAAGCAGAACCCCCCGUGCUUCGUUCGCUAAGUUCAGUACCACCAUUCAUGAUUUUGGCUUCACCUCUAGCUCAUAUGACUUUGCCCUAUUUGUUCACAAAACAGCUCAGGGCACCACUCUUCUUCUUCUCUAUGUAGAUGAUAUGAUUAUCACUGGCAAUGAUACGAAUGGCAUUCUUAGCCUCAAGCAAUUCUUUCGUCAGUAUUUUGAGAUGAAAGACCUCGAUUGCAAGACUACUUCUACUCCGAUUGAUCCUCAAACUCGUCUUACUCCUCUUGAUGGGACUCUCAUUUCUGAUCAUACUCUCUAUCGCCAAUUGGUAAGCAAUCUUGUCUAUCUUACUGUUACUCGCCCUAAUAUUGCAUAUGCUGUUCAUCUUGUUAGUCAGUACUUGUCGGCUCCUUGCACACUUUAUCAUGAUGCUCUGCUUGACAUCCUACAUUAUCCCAAAGGCACUCUUUUUCGUGGACUUCAUUAUUCAGCUCGCUUAUCUCCUCAGUUCCGUGUCUUUUCUGAUACUGAUUGGGCUGGGGAUCCUACUGAUCAUCGUUCCACUACCAGUUUUUAUUUCUUCUUGGGAGAUUCUCUUAUUACUUGGUGUAGCAAGAAACAAACUCUCACAGCUCGUUCUAGUACUAAAGCUGAGUAUCGUGUUCUUGCUAACACUACUCAAGAAUUUAUAUGGCUUCGAUGGCUUCUUGCAGACAUGGGUGUUUCUUCUUGUGGUGCAACCUCUCUCUAUUGUGACAAUUAG